AUGCUGCGCCAAUCCCUGCUCGUGAUCUUGCUCACACACAGCAUCCGGACCGCUCAUGUCACCGACUCACCUAAUGUAUUCGACCGGCUUUACCGAAAAUUGGAAAAACUUAACACUCCGGAUAAGUUAUACGAAAAGAUUGAUGAGUUGAAUUCUUUGGAUCCUGAUUGGAGUCAGAUGGAGCUUCUGACUGCUAUGCAGUCCUGGUUGAGUACGAAACAAAUGGAUGGGGUCGUGAAAGAUUUCCAGCGUAUUAAGGCAGAGAAGCAGGCUCAACGAAGGGAUAGGCAAGAGGACAGUGAUCAAGAGUAUGGUGAUAGUGAGUGGAAUGAUGAGGUAGGUGAUGAGAAUGCGUAUUUUGAUAACUUACAUUGA